AUAUAUUAUCCGGCUGAAGGUGUUUGGACGCCACAGUUAUAGGUCGACCGUGGACGGUACAUUUAAUGAUAUAAUUGUCGUUACGAUUUUCGGUUAUUGAAAUUUCCACGUCGAAUCCGAAAGUACCAAGACGGCGAGACGGCUGGUGCACCGCGAAAUAAACCAUACUGUUAUAAAUAUAUGUUAUUUUCUGAAUCGUACACAGCUGCUACUACAAUCCGUAUAGUAUCCACUUCAUCGGUGAUUGCGAAAUACUCGAUUUAUCGUAUUUUAAGGCUUGUGUUGCACACUUAAAUUAACUAUAUUAUAUUACGGACUGCUAUAAUAUACAUUAUGUACCUUUAUUCAUUAAUUCGACGGAUCGUUAAAAACGAUUCAAUACAAUAACUAGUUCAAAGCGCAUCUGCACUAUAAUAUUAUGGAUCAUAGAAAAACGUUAUGUUUCCGUAAUAUUUGCUAGCUGCUACAAUAAAUAUUUAUUAAUCUAUAUUACAUACCUACCUAGUUGGUACCUAAUUUUUUAAAUUUUAACUAGAUGAAAUAAUAUACCUACGAUUUUUCACUGUAGUUGCGUUAAUUAUGGUCGUUGAAUUAUCAGCUACCUACAUUGCCGGUUUUAAAUAUACCUUUAACGUAUAACAUGAUAAUCGGACGUUUAAAUUCAUUAUUGUUUUAAAUGUUGACAUGGUUUAAUUUAUGGAAAAUUAUUUAUUUACUAAAUAUUGUUGGUCAUAUUAUAUUAUGUAUAUUAUAGGGUCAAGGUUACACGUUUACAUCUUAUUUAUACCUAACUUAUAUAUUAUAUUAUGUUCACACUGUAAGUAAUGUGGUCAUCACUUUUUAUCAAUCCUAUAGGUUUAAUGUUGUUAUAAACCAAUAUAAUAAUAAUAACAAUUGUUUACGAGCGUCGAGCAGGUAGCAGGUAUUAGGUACCUACUACCUAUUGUAUAUUAUUAUUGUAGUAAUAUAACAUACAUUACGCUUGGUUUCCAUGGUUCCUCUGAACAGUCUGAAUAAUAACAAAUUAAAGUUAGGUUGUUAGGUACCUAAGUGCAAUUAUUAUUAAACCUAAAAUAAUUUUACUGAUAUUGUUAAACAUGGCUUUACAGACGUAUUCGAUUUUAUAUUUAAAUUUAGUAUGUGAAAUGAUUUAUGUAGUGACAGAAAGAUUGAAAACACAAAAAAUCCAAAUAGACAAGUCUAAAUUAGUUCUUAAUGACAUAAUUGCUGCAUCACUUAGCUGUCCAUUUUUGUUAGUACCAACAUCUAUUGUCAACAAAGAUAUUUUAGAUAAAAGUAUACGUUGUGCAGUUCAUUCUUCAAUUAUGAGACUAAAUGAUUCUAGUAUGGAAAAAUUAAUGGGUUUGAUAGAAACCUCUGUUAAAAUGCAAAUGUUCUCGAGUAAUGGUCCGAGGCAAGUAUUACUAGUUACAUUGAAUCAUUUAGAUUCUAUUCGUGAAUUAGCUAGUACACAUCAAUUAAAACAAAGUAUAGAUGUUAUUCAACAUAACUUUUAUCAAACUUUUGAGAAAAUGACAAACGGAGAAAUAAUUAGAAUGCGUUAUGCAAUGUUGAACUAUUUGCAAGAUAUACAUGUCAAAGUUACCAUAUUUAUUAAAGAAGGUUUACAGCGAUACAAUGGAUCAUUUGUUUCAGUUGGCAAAUGGAUGAUUCCACAUGGAUGUGAAGCUCCAGGUGUUAUAAGAGUAUUCAAUAAAAAUAGUACUCUUAUUGAUAUCAGUACAUUUCAUCCAAUAUCAUUUUAUAAAGUAGAAACCGAAAUAGGUUCAAUCAAACCUAAUAGUCCUCGUUUCACGACACUUGGGCUUUCAAUCUUUAAUAUUAAUAAAAGUAUUAAUCAAUCAGAAGAAACAUCAGAUCCAUUAUUUAAUGGCCAGACUAGUCGUGAUGGAUACAAACAAGAAAUGGAUCUUUUUGUUACACAACUGAUGGGAAAUGAUAAAGAUAAUGAAGAAAUAGAUAAUUUGGAUCUAGAAAUAUUAGAAACUCCGUUAAAUAUAAAUGAAAGCAAAAUAGAAGAAAAAAAUCCAGAACACAAUAUUUUAGAUUUCAGUCAAAUUACUGGUAAUUCGUCUUUACAAAAUAUAAGAGCUGAAAUGGAUGAUUCAGUUUCAAGACAAACAGGAGAUUUACUAAAUAUGAUGCAAUUAUUGGAUUUAGAAUAAUUACCUCUUUGGGUUUUAAUCAUAAAGAUUGUUGCGUUCCAGAUCUCUAAAUUCUAAAAUAUAAGUUUUAAGACGUAGUUUAAGUAUUUCACGGCAAAUUUCUUGACUAUGAUCUGGAUUUAUAAUGCCCAUACGAUAUAGUUGAUUUUCAUUAAUUCUUAUUAAAGCACGUCCAAUUAUUUCAUGCUGAAAAUAAAUAAUGAUAUACAAAUUAUUUA